AUGUUUACGGGGCAGCCAUGGACUUUGAGCGAAGAAACAACUCUGCUCAAUCAUCAUUAUCAGUUAGGAGAUAUCAUCGAACGAGGUCCGCUAAGUACGGUUUACCGUGCAGUACAUCGUAUAACUUCAAAGUUAUAUUCUGUGAAAAGCAUCGAUAUGCAAAAAUACUCCGUGAAUUCAGGAUUAACGAGAACAGAUGUCGAUAAGGAAAUCGAAAUUUGUGCCAUGUUGAAGCAUCCAUUUUUGUGUGAAUUGAAAGAUGUAAUAGUGGGUGAAAAAGCAGUUCAUAUGGUAUUUGAAUUUCUUGAUGGCGAUGAUAUUUGCUUCGAAAUCGUAAAACGAACUAGCGCUGGUUUCGUUUAUAGUGAAGCGGUCGCAAGUAAAGACAAUUCGGCGCCUCUCAAAUUGACUGGUUUCGGUGUUUCACUCAAAUUACCAACACCAAAUGCCAUUAUUCCAGCUGGUCGCGUAGGAGUUUCACAUUUUAUGGCACCCGAAGUAGUCAAUGAUUUAGAAUACGGCACAAAAGCUGACAUGUGGAGUGCAGGUGUGCUAUUGUAUAUACUUCUUUGUGGACGUUUACCUUUUGUAGGAACUCGACAGGAAGUAUAUGAAAAUAUCACCGAAGGAAAAUAUUCUCAUCAUGGUGGGACAUGGCAAGAGAUUAGUGAUUCAGCAAAAGAUUUACUGAUUAGACUGCUCACUGUCAAUCCAAGCAGUAGAAUAUCUGCAGAAGGUGCCUUAAGUCAUGAAUGGCUACGUGAACGUUGCCCUUCUACUCCACGUAAACAUUUGCAAAGUACAGUAGAACAGAUUCGAAGAUAUAACGCAAGGCGCAAAUUAAAAAGUAAUAUACUAGCAGCUGUGAAUAGCGAAAAAUGGGCAGAAAAUUGUAAUUGUACAGUUCGUAGUAAUAAGCUAAUUGGUGCAGACGCGGUGCUAAGUGGUGACCUUCUACCUGGAGGUGACACAUGCGACGCUGAUGGUUGUACGCGGCGAGGUCCCGAGCAAGAAAUCCCUGAGGAUUUGGCUGGCGUUCAAAUGGUAUCUUAUCUAUUGCUAAAAUUUUUCCUACUGAAAGAAAUUUUAUAUCGAAAAUUCAAAAAAUCGAAUUUAGCGAAAUAA